AACUCUCAUGUGAGGAAGGUCAGGGACGCUGGUCGUCUCGCUUUGGGUUGUAAUUUACGGAUUUCGGUCUCACUUAGCUAUGGGGUGUUCAGGACACGACGCCACAAUUUUUGGCUGUCAAAAUAUCUCUUAGGGUUGCACUCGAAGACAAAAUAACGAAGCGCUGUCAUGUCCGUUUAAAAUGGUAUCUUUUGGGGGUACAAUAACGCUGGAGCCACGCCGAGAUUAGUCUCGUUUAGAGGUUUAAUCCAAAUUUUCAGACAAGCAUCCCUGACCUUUUCGCAUGGGAGUCGCCUUCCCAGAGAGGAUUUGUAUAUCGGCGCUGAUUCUAUCGUGGGAGAAAUUGUAGCAGCAGCGAAUUAUUCAACGAAUUUGUUCUGCAAUCAUUUUAAAAUUACAUUCAAGGAAAUACCGGAUUACAAGUUCAGGAUCCUAAUUACUAGGCCUCCCUCCACAUAAAAUUUAUAAUGCUUCCUGUGUUUUCGUUGCUUUUAGUGCAAAGUCAUGCUGAACGGGCUCUAAAGGAGGACUCAAAUGAGCCGACUACACAGGAAUCAUAUAGUUUCAGCACUCCGAGGGCGUUUAGACAACAAGAACGCAGAAAACUGGCCGAAACGUUUUGUCGAAAGACUGGGAACAAUGCCCUGCCAAACCUUUUUCACAUAGUAGCUAUUCCAAGUCUAAAAAUAUUGUACUGCAUCAUGCCUAAAGUUGCUUCCAGGCAGUGGAGAGGAAUGCUGUAUCCUUUCAACAGGAGUGGAAAGAAGAUAAAAUUGGGUGAGUUUCCUCCUGCCCAGCAAAAGCUGAUGUUGGAAACAUUUUUCAAGUUCACGUUUGUCCGUGAGCCGUUCGAGCGCAUUCUGUCAGCGUACAAAGACAAGUUUGUUUAUCCAAGAUUUCCCAAACACAAACUUAAACGUCACGGCACAGCAAUUCUAGAAAACGUCCGUCCAAACGCUUCCCGUAGAGCACUUGAAAAGCUCGAUGACAUCACUUUUCGUGAAUUUAUUCAAUAUUUAGUAACCAAAGGAAGCAACGAGACCACCCCAGUUAUGGACUGGCACUGGGACAAUUACGUCAACAUAUGUGGAAUGUGUGCUAUCAACUAUGACUUUAUAGGUCAUUACGAAACUUUUGAUCAAGACUUGGCAGAUUUCAAAGAGGCAGCAGAGUUAUCGCCUGAAGAGGCAGAGAGAUUCGAUGCUCGCGCCAGCAAUAAAUCCGAUACCGCCUCCUCUUUACUCAAUUAUUACUCGCAGAUUCCCAUGGAAUGGAUCGACAUCUUUGGUCGAUUGUUCAGAGCCAACUUUGAGAUGUUUAAUUACGACUUUCCGGGACCUCUUAGGAGUCUUUUUGAGUCAAAGAAGAGGGAACAGUGAGAAAGGCUGGUUACGUAACAAACUAUGUACACUUUACAACGUAACAUGAAUAUGUUAGGAACUUUUCCCUAAGAGAUUAAGACUGGAUUAGGAUAGGCUCGGAGAUUGGAGCCAGUCGAUGUUGCGUAGAAUUCAUACGAAGUUGCGAGUUGUACGCUCUGAUCGAGUUGCCAUAUGUCUGAGGCGACAAGAAAACCUGGGAAAUUCCCUAUUAAAAGGAGACUAUAUUCUUUUUUCAAAGAAAUCCCAUUUUGUAAGACUGAAGCUUUAUAAUACGGCAAAGAAUUACUGUCACGAGUGUGGUUGCAAUCAGUGGCUACUGCUGUUGAUUUCUAGGUAUUUUCACAGGUUUAAGCGGUGAUAAAGUUUUUAAAAGGCGAUGUGUAGGUCAAACUACUGUUAAAUUGCCAGUUGUAGAUAAGAGAAAUGAUAAUAGGUUUGGCUUACGUACUCUGCAUGAUUGUAAGUACUGAUGAAUGUAAAAAUUGAUAAUCAACAUGGUACACUUGGUGAUAUAUAAAAUAUAAAUGUUAAGACCUCGCAUUAGAACUACUUGAUUUACACAACAAGAGCAGUGAGGUCUGUAUCUAAACAACCUCGCUGCCAUUCAAAAGCCAGGUCACUGAGCAGACAACUGCUGAGUGGUCUAUGAGCAAAGUUCAUUCCAUCCUGCUUUGAUCAACACGAUAUUCUACGUUCAAAUCAAACCGAUGUAACUUAAUUGCUAUAUCAUAGCCCAGAAGCAUAUCACCUAGUUCUAGGUGAUAUGUUUCUGCAUAGCCUUACUACAUGUUCACGGAAAUCAUCGUUUUAGCUUUAGUUUACAAAAGCGUUUGCAGCUCUCUUUGUAUUUAUGGUCAUGGAAAUAAACG